AAAAUUUAACUAAGUUUUGAAACAAGAAAAAAACUAUAUAUUCACUUAAGUGUAACGUGGCUAAUUAAAAUUGUAUAUGUUGUUCAAAAAUAUUAUAGACAGUGUAGCCUUAUUAAAAAGAACACAAUGUGCUUAUAUUAAAUCUUUUAAAAUGGCUAAAAGUACUUUUGAAUAUGUUAAAACGUUUGAACAGGAUGAUACUUUACUGCCUAACACGUGGAUUGUAGUAAGAUUAGAUGGAAAAUGUUUUCACAAAUUCUCUGAAGAUCAUAAUUUUAAAAAGCCGAACGAUAUUAGAGCAUUAAAACUGAUGAAUUAUGCGGCUUUUAAAGUCUUACAUGAGUUUAAUGAUGUCCUGAUGGCAUUUGGUCAAAGUGACGAAUAUUCUUUCAUAUUAAGAAAGACCUGUUUUCUUUAUAAAAGGCGAGCAGCAAAAUUAUUAACUACAUUAAACAGUAAAUUUUCUUCAACUUACGUGUUUUACUGGAAUAAAUUUUUUGACCAAGAACCUUUAAAAUAUCCACCAACAUUUGACGGACGUAUAGUUUUAUAUCCUUCUGACGAAAAUAUUAUUGAUUACUUGAAAUGGAGACAAGCAGAUGUGCAUAUUAAUAAUCUUUAUAAUACAUCUUUCUGGACCUUGGUUUUGCAGGGUGGAUUAACUCCUACUCAGGCAGAAAAGCGCUUAUGUGGGACUGUAUCUGCUGAUAAAAAUGAGAUAUUAUAUAAGGAAUUUAAUAUUAACUAUAACAAUGAACCUAAUAUUUUCAAGAGAGGAACCGUGCUAAUGAGAAAAUCACUAUUAAAUGAAUCAUCAAAGAAACCUAUGUCCAUAAUUGUAGAUGUUCAUGAUGACAUGUUGAAAGACACCUUCUGGAAAGAGAACAGUAAUUUAUUGUUACCAAAAUCCAAACAAAGUAUUAACCAUGAAGGUCCAAUAACAGACAUUAUAAAUGAGCAAAUUAAUAAAGGACAUAACACAAUAGCUGACAUAGUAAAUGUGAAUAAAUAAAAUAUGUAAAGAG